CAGUCUUCACACCCAGUCAACGAAAACUCCGGCGACCAGCUCCAGGCGAUGAACGACGAACUGUUCUGGAAUCUGGACCACUUGACUUCCUGUUGAAUCUGGUUGAUUCUAGUUCUCCUCUGUUCCAGAUCGAGCAGUCAAUCUAAGUCUCCUCUCUCACUCAAUCGAUCUGAGUCCCCUUCUCCUUGCUUUUGUAACGAAAAGUACAUAAUAUCAAGACUAAAGUACCCAAUUAAUUACAGGAUGGGUGAACUAGCAGUUGAAAAGCAUGUUAAGUACGUUUUAUCAGUUGAAAAGGUAGACAUCCCUUUCAUCUCUUCUGAUUAUGUUUUUUAAGUUUUAUUUUGAAAAAGGAAAUAUCCAUAUAACUUGGUACGUUUUGUCAGAGGAAGGAUGAUUUUGAAUCUGUGGUGAUGGAGCAUUUAAGAAUGAAUGGGGCAUAUUGGGGACUGACCACUCUUGACAUGUUAGGGAAGCUUGAAAUGGUGGACAGAGAUGAAAUUGUUUCAUGGGUCAUGCAGUGCCAACAUGAAUCUGGUGGAUUUGGUGGAAACAUCGGACAUGACCCUCAUAUACUGUAUACCGUCAGUGCGGUCCAAAUUUUAGCACUAUUUGCCAAGAUAGAUGUCCUUGACAUUGAUAAGGUGUCAAACUAUAUAAGUUGCCUGCAGAAUGAAGAUGGAUCCUUUUCAGGGGACAUGUGGGGUGAAGUUGACACAAGGUUUUCUUAUAUUGCAAUUUGUUCUCUCGCCCUAUUGCAUCGUUUGGAUAAAAUCGAUGUGGAAAAGGCUGUAAAAUACAUUAUAAGUUGCAAGAAUGUAGAUGGUGGAUUUGGGUCCAUACCUGGUGCAGAAUCUCAUGCAGGGCAAAUUUUCUGUUGUGUGGGGGCUCUUGCCAUAACUGGAUCUCUACAUCAUGUUGAUAAGGACCUCCUUGGCUGGUGGUUGUGUGAACGACAAGUUAAAUCUGGAGGUCUAAAUGGGCGUCCUGAGAAACUUCCUGAUGUCUGCUAUUCUUGGUGGGUUCUAUCAAGCUUGAUAAUGAUUGAUCGAGCUCAUUGGAUUGACAAGGAAAAACUUGUCAGAUUUAUAUUGGACUGUCAGGAUAAGGAGAAUGGAGGAAUUUCAGAUAGGCCUGAUGACGCUGUUGAUGUCUAUCAUACCUAUUUUGGAGUUGCUGGCCUUUCACAUCUUGAAUAUCCAGGAUUGAAACCCAUAGAUCCGGCUUAUGCAUUGCCCGUGGACGUUGUAAAUAGGAUUUUCUUUGGCAAAUAAGUGGGUCGGUCCUUACUAGAUUUCUUUUGUUAUCAGUGAGAAUAUUCGAAACCUCUCAUCAUUUCCUAUCUUGAAAAAUGGUUAAAUAUCUUAUUAAAAAGUGAGAUUGGUCGUUUUCCAGUAGCUCUUUGUUUUUUUUAUGCCUCCUGGUCUGUGCAGAUGUGUUACUGUUCAAUCAAGUUGUACAGUUCUUUGAAUUCCUUAUGGUUGAAAAUCUUGAAAUUCUGU